CGGCCCGCCCUGCGCAGCGCCCUGCGCAGCGCCCUGCACACACUUGUACUCCUGUGUACACGGCAGGUGCUUCAAUGCCAGCCAGCUGCCUGCCAGGCUCUGCCCCUGCUUCCCAGAGAGCUUUUCCCCCUGUUGUUUAAGGUGGCCUUCAUGGACAAGAGGACAAUUGUGCUGCGUGAGCUGGUGCACACAUGGCCCUUCCCACUACUUAGCUUCCAGCAGCUGCUGCAGGAGUGUACCCACUGUAGCCGUGCCCUGCUGCAGGAACGGCCUAGCACAGAGAGCAUACAGGCUGUGAUCCUGGGGCUGACUGCCCGUCUCCACACUCCAGAAGCUGGGGCUGGCACACAACCCCUCUGCAGGAAGCAUGUCUUGCGGGUUCUGGAUAUGACUGGCCUCCUGGAUGAUGGUAUGGAACAAGACACUGGUACUAUGAGCGUGUGGGACUGCACAGCAGCCGUGGCCCGCACGUGUAUCGCCCUGCACCAGGGUGGGCCUUCCAAGCCAGGGCUAGUUCCUGUCCCUGUGCAGGUUCGUGUGGACCUUCGUGUGAACCGGGCCUUCUACACAUUUCUGCAUGAGGCCCUGCAGAGCAGUGUGGGAAGCGUGCUGUGGCUCUGCUGCCGGGACCUCCGGGCUGAGGACCUGCCCAUGCGCAACACGGUAGCCCUGCUGCCUCUGGACGCAGGCUGCCUGCGCCGUGUAGACAUGCGCUUCAGCAAUCUGGGCCUGCGUGCUGUCAUCAUCCCACAUGUGGCUCGCUUCCAGCAACUGGCUAGCCUUAGAUUGCAUUAUGUACAUGUUGACUCAAGACAGCCCUCUGUGGAUGGCGAAGACAACUUCCGCUAUUUCCUGGCUCAGAUGGGCUGCUUUACCUCUUUGCGGGAGCUCAGCAUUGGCUCCUCUCUCCUUUCAGGCAGACUAGACCAGUUGCUCAGUACACUACAGAGCCCCUUGGAAAGCUUGGAGCUGGCCUUCUGUGCUUUGCUGCCUGAAGACCUGCACUUCCUAGCACAGAGUUCCCCUGCUACCCACCUGAAGAAGCUGGACCUCAGUGGCAAUGACCUGUCAGGCAGCCAGCUGGUGCUCUUUCAGGGUUUGUUGCAGGCAGCAGCAGCCACCUUGCUGCAUCUUGAGCUGACUGAAUGCCAGUUUGCUGAUGCCCAGCUGCUGGCCACGUUGCACUACCUUGGUCUCUAUGGAAACCCACUAUCCAUGGCAGGCCUCCAGGAUCUGCUGCGGGUCGUAGUGCAGGCUGGGCUGCAUACUGUGGUGCACCCCUUCCCUGUGGACUGCUAUGAUGGCCUGCCUUGGCCACCACCUGCGUCUGUCCUGCUCGAGGCCUCCAUCAAUGAGGAGAAGUUUGCCCGUGUUGAGGCCGAAUUGCAGCAGCUACUGCUGGCCUCAGGCCGUGCCCAUGUACUCUGGACCACAGACAUCUAUGGGCACCUGGAUGCAGAUUAUUUCAGCCUGUGAUCUCCAAGUUCUGGGUGAGACAGGCCAAGAGCCUUUGUUUGCUAGGAUUCUGUGGGAGGCCUGAUUCAAAGGCACUUGUCUCCGGUUUCCUUCAGGGUCCGCUUUACUUUACGGUCAGAACGUUAAGCCUGCUCUCCUUGCAGUGUCCUGCACCCGCUUCUUAGCUGGUCGACUGUUCCUACUGGCUGGAAUUUAGGCCUGCGCUCCCCUGCCUUGAAUGGCUGCAUUUGGCUGCGCUGGGGUGUCCUGGGCCUCUCUGCAGAUGUGUGGGAUCCCAGCUGCGAGUGGACAGGCAGUGGUCUCUGGGCACUUUUAAAGAACUCUGGGGUUGGUGCUGGGAUAGCCCUAAGACUGCCUGAAGUCUGGGGCCUUGCACUGUGUUCCUUGAGCUGGCAACCCAAGCCAUCCUAUUGCUGGCUUUGGGGCUAGAAGGUCAAGGUACAAAUGUUCAGCGCGUUUGGAA